UAUUCACAAGUCAACUAGAAAUGUUCCCUACAUUAUUAGUCCUGCUCUCAGUGGCAACUUUAAGUUGCGCAUUGCACUUGCCGAUUGGACCUGAAUUUCUAUUGAACAAAGGAUCAAUAAACAAUCGCAACGUUGGAGGAAAGGUCACAUCAAUAGAGAGAAUACCUUGGCAAGUUUCGCUGCAAAAACUAGGACGGCAUGAUUGUGGUGGCGUUAUUUACAGCAAAAACAUCAUUAUAACAGCCGCCCACUGUGUUCAGAAAGAUUAUCCGAUGAUUUAUGAUGUGCGCGUUGGCAGUAGUACAUCUAACAAUGGUGGAUCGGUAAUUAAAGUUGCCAAGAUUACAGUGCAUGAUCAUUUCAUAUAUAUAAAUAACGAAACACCGGAGUAUGACAUCGCCCUGCUUUUGUUAAGUUCCCCGCUUGAAAUGGGUCCAGCUGUCAAGGCCAUUCCACUGUCAGAGUCAGUUCCUAAUGACGGAGCUGCAGUGCUUGUCUCUGGCUGGGGACAAACAGAGACCGAACCCGUUGCAAAAUAUCUAAAAAGUGUCUAUUUGAACAUUGUAAAUCGCGAGGAGUGCGCCAGGUCGCAUGGAAUGCUUGUAAAAGCAACAAUAUGUGCUGCUUCCCCUUGGAAAGGUGCGUGCGGGGGAGAUUCUGGUGGACCAUUGACCCACAAUGGUAAACUUGUGGGCAUUGUUUCUUUUGGGCCUGUUAAUCCUUGCGGUAAUCCUAGUCUUCCUGGUGGCUAUGCAGAUGUCGUGGAGCUUCGAAAAUGGAUCGAAGAGGAGGCCAAAAAACUAAGCUCAACCUGAGAUAUUUAUGAAUUAAAUUGCCAAAAUAAACUUAAAA